AAUAUAAUAAUCCCAAUCUCUUUUCUUUUGUUAUUUUUAAUUUUUAAUCCCAAUAUCAUUCGAACAAAGUUCAUUUAAGAUGCCAAGCUAUCCUCUUCAUUCAAUCCAAAGAAAAUAAUAAUAAUAAAAAAAAGCCAACUACUGUAGUUCCCAAAAAAACCUUUGUUUUCCCCCAAAUAUCCAAUUAGUGUUGUCUCAGGAUAACAACAAAAAUUUUCAAAAUCUAAAAUAAGAACAAAAGGCCAUCACCAAAAGCGCUAUUUUAAAAAAAUACGACCCCGCCGCUUCAAGAUAUCCGUUAGCCGCAUCAAAGUCAUGGACUGAACUAAAUGAGAUCUCUGUCUGAAGAAAAACAAACCCACUAAAGCUUGCAAUUUUUUCCGAGAUAUGUGAAAAUCCACUCUCUUUUGCUGGAAAAAAUAAUCCAAGGACGAUAAUUUUGUGAAGUAGGACAAGAAGGUCAAAGCGUCAGUGGCACAAGCAGAAGCAGAAGCGGGAGCCAAAGCAGACAAGAAGGCUUUGAUUAAAACGAUGUCGGUCUUGGAGGGAAACCCAGAUUCACCGUUGAAGAAGCGACCGCCGAGCUGGUCAGACAUUUGGCUCAAAAAAACCAAGCCAUUAAAGCAUGUGGUUUUCGCUAUGCAUCUUCAGUCUUUAGCUUCAAAAGAUCCCAAAUCCCAAGCCCUAAUCCCCAAUUUCGCCAACAUCGACCGAACUCUUCUCUUAUCCGACGAGCUCCUCUUAAAAAUCCUCUCAAAGUUACCCCUUUCGCAACGGAACCCUAACUCCCUCGUCUGCAAGCGGUGGCUCAAUCUCCAAGGUCGCCUCGUACGGUCCCUGAAGAUCCUAGAUUGGGACUUUCUCGAAUCAGGUCGGUUAAUCACGAGGUUCCCCAACUUAUCCCACGUGGAUUUGCUCAACGGUUGUUUGUUUUCGCCGCGAAAUUCUGGGAUUUUGUUAACUCAUCGGAUGGUUUCGAUGCAAAUGAGUUCUGGGUUUUGUUCAAAUUGGAAGCUUUUGGAACAAAGUCUAUUGCCUGUUGAAGUUGUUGAUAAAGGUCUUCAAGCACUUGCCAAUGGCUGCCCAAAUCUUCGAAGACUAGUGGUAAUUAACGCCAGUGAGUUGGGGUUGUUAACGGUGGCUGAAGAAUGUUUGACAUUGCAAGAAUUGGAGUUACAUAAAUGUAACGACAACGUUUUACGCGGGAUUGCGGCGUGUGAGAAUUUGCAAAUCCUGAAACUUGUUGGAAACGUUGAUGGACUUUAUAGUUCAUUUGUUUCCGACAUUGGGUUAACUAUCUUAGCUCAGGGGUGUGGAAGGUUAGUUAAGCUUGAGCUUAGUGGAUGUGAAGGAAGUUUUGAUGGGAUUAAAGCUAUUGGGCAAUGUUGUUUAAUGCUUGAAGAAUUGACCAUUUGUGAUCAUAGAAUGGAUGAUGGAUGGUUGGCUGCAUUGUCUUAUUGUGAGAAUUUGAAGACUUUGAAGUUGUUAUCUUGUAAGAGGAUUGAUUUGAGUCCGGGUCCGGAUGAGUAUUUGGGGUUUUGUCCAGCUCUUGAGCGGUUGCAUCUGCAAAAGUGUCAGUUGCGGAGUAAGAAGAGUGUGAGAGCGUUGUUUAGAGUAUGUGAAGCUGUGAGAGAGGUUGUUGUUCAGGGCUGCUGGGGAUUGGAUAAUGAUAUGUUCAGGUUUGCAAGUGUUUGCAGGAGAGUGAAGUUGUUACGUUUAGAAGGAUGCUCAUUGCUGACAACUGAAGGUCUGGAAGCUGUGAUUUUCUCCUGGCAGGAACUUGAAAAUCUUGUAGUGGUAUCAUGCAAGCACAUAAAGGGAAGUGACAUAUCUCCUGCACUUGCAACCAUAUUCUCUAAUCUUAAAGAGUUGAGGUGGAGGCCGGAUGCCAAAUCUCUGCUUGCAUCGAGUCUUGUAGGAACUGGCAUGGGAAAAAGAGGCGGUAAAUUUUUCAAGAGGAUAUGAGGCGCGGACUUUCUAGCAUCAAGGAUUAGAUUCUGCAAGGUUCGGCUGAUUUACCACUGUACUUCUAACAUGGAAAUAUUUUUCUCAGUCACUUUCCGGUCUGUCUGUGACACUAACUAGGUUAGCAAACAGAGGCAAAGGUUCAUCAUGUGACUGUCAAAUGUUGGUACACGUUGUUAUGUAAAACAAUUCUUUUAUAUAUAUAUCCAUCCACAUUCUGGAAUUUGAAUUUCUGUAGAGUAGAGAGCAUUAACAUUAUUCCUUUUAUCUUUCUUUAUACCUUUUCCCUCAUCUUUGUAGACAAUUUGUACAUCUUAGAGCUACAAGCAGUGU